GCUUCCGGGAGCACGGAGGAAACCCAGGUGGCAUUCGCACAGAGGGCUCGGGAUAGUGCGCAGCACGGUUCCUGGCUGCGCUGCUGAGCCGAGUUCUUCAGACCCUUCUGAGUGGGAUUCGAGAGUCGUUUACAGAGUCGGAGAAAGUCCUCAAAAAUGGUGAUGCCACUGGCGCUGCUGCGAGACUGGUGCAGGUGGAUGGGCGUGAAUGAGGAGCGUUCUCUGCUCAUCCUGGGCAUCCCAGAUGACUGUGAAGACCAAGAAUUCAAGGAUGCCGUGCAGGCUGCCCUGGGCCCCCUGGGCAGAUACCGAGUGCUGGGCAAGGUCUUCAGAAAGGAACUGGGGUCGAAGAUCGCUUUGGUUGAGUUUGCCGAGUAUUUAAGCCGAAGCUUGAUCCCUCGACAAAUACCAGGCAAAGGGGGGCCCUGGGAUGUUGUCUGCCUGCCCCAGGCCCCUGAUGCUGAGUCACAGGAUAGACCCAAUUUCCCUGCACAGCCCCAGAGACGAGCAGUGUUUGGUAGGGUAGGUGAGGCAAGAGCCACAGGUGAUGUUGGAGGAAUAGGUGAGAUGGGAGUCUCAGGUGAGGAGGAAGCCACAGGUGAUGUUGGAGGAACAGGUGAGGUAGGAGCAGCAGGUGAGGAGGGAGCCACAGGUGAUGUUGGAGGAACAGGUGAGGUGAGAGCAGCAGGUGAGGAGGGAGCCACAGGUGAUGGAGGAACAGGUGAGGUGGGAGUCUCAGGUGAGGAGGGAGCUGCAGGUGAUGUUGGAGGAACAGGUGAGGAGGGAGCCACAGGUGAUGUUGGAGGAACAGGUGAGGUGAGAGCAGCAGGUGAGGAGGGAGCCACAGGUGAUGUUGGAGGAACAGGUGAGGUGGGAGUCUCAGGUGAGGAGGGAGCUGCAGGUGAUGUUGGAGGAACAGGUGAGGUGAGAGCAGCAGGUGAGGAGGGAGCCACAGGUGAUGUUGGAGGAACAGGUAAGGUAGGAGCAGCAGGUGAGGAGGGCACCUCAAGUGAGGAGGGCACCUCAAGUGAGGAGGGAACCUCAAGCGAGGAGGGAACCUCAAGUGAGGAGGGAGCUGCAGGUAUGGAGGGAGCUGUAGGUGACAUAGAAGAUGCAGGUGAGGAGGGAGCUGCAGGUAUGGCGGGAGCCACAGGUGAGAUGGGAGCUUCAGGUGAGGAGGGAGCUGCAGGUAUGGAGGGAGCCGCAGGUGAGAAUGGACCCACAGGUGAGGCAGGAGCCUCAAGUGAGAAUGGACCCACCUGUGAGGAGGGAGCCGCAGGGGAGGCAGGAGCAACAGGGGAGGGAGGAGCUGGCUUCGAGGGACGAGCUGCCUGUGAGGCAGAAGCUACCAGUGAGGCAGAUGGUACAGGUGAGGCAGGCACUGAAGAUGAGGAAGGGGCUGCAGAUGAGGCAGGUGGUAUAGGUGAAGCAGACACUGCAGAUGAGGAAGGGACUAUAGAUGAGGCAGGUGGUAUAGGUGAAGCAGACAUUGCAGAUGAGGAAGGGGCUGCAGAUGAGGCAGGUGGUAUAGGUGAAGCAGACACUGCAGAUGAGGAAGGGACUAUAGAUGAGGCAGGAGCUCCAGGUGAGGCAGGCACUGCAGAUGAAGAAGGGGCUGCAGGUGAGGCAGGAGCUGGCAUUGAGGCAGGACUUGCAAGUGAAGCAGGAGCUACAGGUGAGGCAGGCACUGCAGAUGAGGCUGGGGCGGCCAGUGAGGCAGGAGCUGAGGGUGAGGCCAGAGCUGAAGAUGAAGCAGGAACAUCCGAUGAGGAGGGAGCGGCAGGUGAUACGGGAGUUGCAGGUGUGGCCGGAUCUCUGAGCAUGGCAGGAGCGGCUGGGGAGGCAGGAGUUCCCAUGGAGGCUGCAGCUUCAGGCAUCGCUGGAGCCAUGGAUGAGCCACGGGCCCGGUCCCCACAGUGGCAGCUGGCCUUGGAGCCUGUGCUAGAGAAUAUGGGCUACCAGGAGCUGAGAACCUUCUCCGGGAUGGAAGAGCCGGGUGAAGGGGAAGAGUCCUUUGAGAGCUGGCUGGAUCAUGCCAACGACAUGCUGUACCUGUGGCGCCACGUGACCGAGAUGGAGCGGAGGAGGAGGCUGGUGGAGAGCUUGGGGGGUCCGGCGCUGGAUCUCCUGUGCAGCCUCCUGGCAGAAGAUCCCAACCUGGCGGCCCAGGAUUGCCUGAUGGCGCUGGUGGAGGCGUUCGGGAGCAAGGAUCCCCGGGUGAACGCUCGGCUGAAGUUCAUGACCUGCGCCCAGCGGCCCCAGGAGAGCCUCUUUGCCUUUGUGAUGCGCCUGGAAGGCCUGCUGCAGUCGGCCCUGGGCAAGGGGGCCAUGCACCCAGCCAUCGCAGAUCAGCUGCGUGCCCGGCAGGUGCUCAUGCGGGCCCGGCCCAACAGCCUGAUGCAGAACAAGCUGAAGAGGAUGCGGAUGGAGAGAAGACCCCCCAGCUUCGUGGCGAUGCUGCAGCUCAUCCGGGAGACCGAGGCCUGGGAGACCGACCCAGCAAUGGGUGAGCAGUUCCCGGUGGAGGAGGAGGCCCAUGGGGUCCUCGGAGACCUGGCCGCUGCCCUGGCCCAUAUGAUCAUCACUGAGGGUGCAGCUGCAGGUGGAAGUGAGCCCUCCCCAGCCAGUGGAGAUACCUCUGCCCAGGUUGCCCUUUCCAGGGAAGGUGGCGUGGAGGCCCUCCCAGUGCGUGAAGAGGCCAGUAAGGCAGUUGGCAGCAGCACCGAGGUUGCCCAGGCUGCUCCUGAAGCCCGUGGUGCCACCAGGGCAGCCUCUGCCCCUGGGGAGACCACUCAGGAAGAUGGAAGGGCUCCUGGCCUCCCGGGCCUAGGUCAGGCGGCACCUUCAGAGGCCCUUUGGGGCCCUGCCACUGCCUGGAUGGGCGGGGCUUCCCCGGUGGUCCCAGGAAGUCCUGGCUGGGAGCCAGAGGGUCUCCCCCAGGCAGGAGACCAGGAGGCCGAGGAGCCUCCCAAGAAGGGGCUCAAGCCCGUCCCAGAGGAGCCCGGAGAUGAGGAAGGGGCUGUGGAGAUGAGCCCCCCGGGGUUCUCCUCUGGUCAAUAGGCUCAGCAGGUCCCAGGCCCCUGGCCUGGAAACAGGGAGAGGCCAGAUCAGGCAGCCUCCUGGCCCCGUGUUAGGGGCCAUGUCAUGGUGCCUGGGCCUCCCCACCUCCCCAAGAGGGGACCCCUAUUCAGCAUACCCUGGGACAGGUUGCUCCCUGUCCUGGGAAGUCCAAAUGUGUCCCUGUAGGCCCCCUAGUGACCCAGAUCUCAAGGAACGGCUCUCUGGUCCAGCCCCUCUCCCCUCCCCAUCAACACACAUCCCUGAGCUGUCAUCAACUCCCCUCCCACCCCCUGCAGAGCCCCGAGGUGCCUGUGAACCCAGGCCGGGUAUCCCCACCUACCUGGUCAGCCAGCCCUGGGUCCUGCCACGUUCCCUGAGCUUCAGCACCAGCCAAGGCCCAGUCCUCAGCUCAGUGUGUGCUUCCCGUGUGGAUUCAGACCAAGUUCUGCUUGGUCUCCUGGAGAUGUGCAUGUGUUCUUCUCUGAGCAGUUCCCCCCACCGUGGCGCAGAGACACCCCAGCCCACUCCCAGGAACUGGUGAGAAGGAGGGGACGGACGAAGGCUUGGCUGGCGACCACCCUGGGACCUCGGGAAGGAAGAUCUGCAUCGGGGCUUCCCAGCGGGUCUUCGGGAGGCCCCCCAGGACCUGUGCUCUGCUGGGCCACGCCGUGCUUCCUUGGGACUCUGCGUUCUCAGCUUGGUGCAGCGUGCCCUGCUGUGUGACUGUCCUGUGCCUGCCAUAGGGCAUGUGGGCCCGAGGGGGAGGGGCUGCCCUGGGGGGAUCGGGCAUUGCCAGCGACCACCGUCCUGGCAAGACACCGACCACGAGGCCCUCAGGAAGGGAGAGGGUGGGGAGAGGGAGGGCCACUGCAUUGGGGGAGGGAGGGCACCUCAUUAGGGACCCUGGGAGGAGGUGGGGGGCGGGACUGUGAUCUCCAGCAGCCAUCAGAAGUUCCCUGUGUUGUCAUUCCCUGUUUUCAAUGGUUUCAGUCUGUGUUGUGCUUCAAUAAAAUUUGCUGAAUGUUUCA